ACCACCACCUUGUUUGUCGUGGCAGACAACGUCAGAGAGCUCUCUUUUGGCUCUACGUCGGGCGCAAUACAGCUCCUCUACCCAUUCAAGGCGGUCCCAGUUGAAGGGCCCAUAGCUUCCUUGUGAAUGUAUUGCAUGGCCCAAGCAAUCGAGUCAUCUCAGCAGCCGAAGCGGUUCCUGACCUCUCCAAGCGCGCGCAUCUUUCAAGAGACAGAGAAUCUUACAAGACAUGAUGCAGUACAGUCCAUUACCGCAAGCUCGCAGCAACCAGGCCCUUCAUCUCCGAAGAGAGCACGCCUUGCGCAACCAACACCGCAGCCACAGCCUGAAGAUCUCGCCAAGCUUGGCAUCAAAGUACGAGACUUUGCCUAUGAAAGCAAGCUGCCCCCAAUCCCCCCCUUCCGCCGCAAGCCACUGCAGCAGGGCCUGCUGAAAUCUCCCAAGCGUUUGCGUCGAUUUGGUCAAGAGGAUGUUGAUGAUGAGGAUGUUUUCUCGGUUGACAAGAGGCCAAGAUUGCAGAGGGUGGACACGGAGCCGGUCAUUGAAGAGCCAGUCAGCCAACGAAUAGCUGCUUACUCGGACAUUACGAGGCUGCCACCGUUACUCUUGCCACCUUCACGGGCCUCCGUUAACGACUCACAGGAAUCGGAGCCGUACAUCGACACCCCUCUAGUCACGCCCAACGGGUCAUUAAAUUGGAGAGUCAAGGAUACCAGCUCAAUCCCCGCUUCUCAGCUGGACACAGUAUCACAGGCAACUGUCCCUGAUCUUAUUUCUAUGACGCAACUGGGACUUGCGCAUCUUACUGACUCACAGCCAGAUGACAUGGAGAUUGAACCUGUCGCUGUCACUGUACCUGACUCGCCAACACCAACAUUUGCCACCGCCCCUCGCCUCGUGUCACCCUUCCCGAGUAAAGCAUCUUCGCCGCCGAUUCCUUCUUCCCCACCAGCGACACCUCCUGUUAAUGUUCCCAGUUCUUCUACCCAGGCCUCCCCGCGGUACAGUUUGCGUAAACGCCCUUCUUCUCAUUCGGAGCCAUCUCGAACCCGACCUCGUCUGUCUUCUCGAUCAACAACCCACAGUCGCACUUCUGAUCAUAAAUCGGGCAGUCCAACUACGCCACGACCAACGCGGAAGAGCGGACGAUCUGCAUCUCGUUCAAAGCGGGACACGCAUUCAUGACACACAGAAUUGUUAGCACUCUGCAUGGGCUAUCGGAUCAUCGUCUGGGAUGUGGAGAUGUUUAAUGUAUCAUGUAUGGAUACCCUAUUCCCGCCUCUUCUAUACCUCCGGUUUACAUGAGAUUCUUUCUUGUCACUCAUUGCUCAGUUACGACUUAUCGUGUUAUUUUCUUUCAAGUUCGCUUGUCCAUCACUUCCUUCAUCGAUCAUUAUUGUCCUUCAAUCUCACAAGGACCCCUUCUAUUUCUCCCAAGCACGUACGUAAUUGCAUUUAUCGUUUGUACCCUCAUGUCAUCGUUGCACUACGGAAAGUUGAAUCA